UUGAAUCCGUCCAUCCGAACAUCUACUCUAUCUACGAACUCUUGGAGCGAGUUGAGGAGCCGAUUCUGCAGAAUCAAAUCCGGGAGCAUGUCAUCGCCAUCGAAGAAUGUACCCUCUGGACGGCGGUUACACCGAUAACAUGGAGCGGGGAACGCCACAAAGGAAGACCGUUUACCGGAUCUCCCUCACGCUGGUGAAGAAGGAGAGCCUGCAGGAUUUGGAUAAGAGCAGCAGCAACGCGGCGCAUCGGCGCUUGGAGAACCCCAAAGUGGGCGCUUUCCGACAUGAGGCCACCCCGGAGAUUCAGAGGAGCUGUCUGCUGGAGGAGCUCAAGGAGGUAGAUGACGAGACGGACGAGUUUACCUCGCGAAACUGCAUGAGGAAGUUCAGGACUUUUAGCACCGGGCAGCUGGAACUGGGGCGGCUUAAAAUAUCCAAAAAGAAUCACAAUUUCCGCAAAGACUUGUCGUUUGAAUUUAACGACACCUGCGCAGGUAAUUCGACUAGGCACUGCGAGAGCGAGGAGGAGCGCGGCUCGGAGCCGGCAGUGAACACGGUGGCCUCCGCACCACCCAGUAAAAGAAACGCACAGGUUAACAGAGACGUUGAGAGGUUGAAAAGGGAUAUUUGCCCCGCUGGGAUGCAGGAAGCACACGCAACCACUGCUUCCGGAGAGGCGAGCACUGGCACUAAAGAGAAAAGGGAUGACACUGUUUCAGCAAGCACUAAUGACUACAGCACUGUAUGUACGGGUGAGACGCACGCACAGACGGAGAGUAGGGACUCUGAGAGUGAGGCGCGGAGAGACAACGGCCCCAGUCCUGCUGCGGGGGGCUCCCCAUCGCUCGCCCCGAAAGGCAGCGGGGGUGGCGGAAAAGCAGGUAAGGCCCUCCCCGAGACCCCGCCGCCCAAACGGCACCCCAGCCUGCUCCGGAGGAGCUUCAGCUUCCGGCACUGGACGGGCGGGGAGCUGCUCCGCCUCCGGGCCCUGUCCAAGGAGAGGCACCACAGCAGCUCCAACUGCAUCGGCCAGGGCGGCGAGCCCAAGGACCGGCUCAGCCCCGCGGCGGACGAGCCCGGCGGGGCCCGCAGCCCGCUGGGGGCCGGGGACGCGCUGCGGGAGCUGAGCCGGGCCGACCGGGCCAAGGGCCGGAACCGCACCCUGGACAACAGCGACCUCCACAAGAUCUCGGAGAAGAGCCUGGAGGAGCAGGAGCGGCUGCUGAGGGGCGGGCCCCGCUCGGGGCCCCACGAGGGCCGCCUGCUGCGCUUCUUCAGCGGGAUCUUCUCCAGGAGGGACGCCACCUCCACGCCCGUCUCCCACCACGGCGGCCUCCGCCAGGCCAGCUCCAAGAGGGCGCUGCUGGGGUCCCAGAAGCGGGGCUGCUCCCAGUCCAGCACGGAGAGCAUGAACAGAAGUCCACUCGAGGAUGCCUUCGUGAACAGUCAGGAAUGGACCAUGAGUCGCUCGGUACCGGAGCUCAAAGUGGGGAUUGUGGGUAACCUGGCCAGCGGCAAGUCGGCAUUAGUGCACAGGUACCUGACCGGUACUUAUGUACAGGAAGAGUCCCCAGAAGCUGACGUGGAUGCAGGAGGGCGCUUCAAGAAGGAGAUUGUCGUGGACGGGCAGAGCUAUCUCCUGCUCAUCAGGGAUGAAGGGGGCCCUCCGGAGGCGCAGUUCGCCCUGUGGGUGGACGCGGUCAUCUUCGUCUUCAGCCUGGAGGAUGAGAUCAGCUUCCAGACGGUCUACCACUACUACAGCCGCAUGGCCAACUACCGCCACACGGCCGAGGUGCCCCUGGUGCUGGUGGGCACGCAAGACGCCAUCAGCGCCGCCAACCCGAGAGUGAUCGACGACACGCGGGCGCGCAAGCUGUCCAACGACCUGAAGCGCUGCACCUACUACGAGACCUGCGCCACCUACGGGCUGAACGUGGAGCGCGUCUUCCAGGACGUGGCCCAGAAGAUUGUGGCCACCCGGAAGAAGCAGCAGCUCUCCAUUGGUCCCUGCAAGUCCCUCCCCAACUCCCCCAGCCACUCGUCUGUCUGCUCCGCCCCUGUCUCCGCCGUGCACAUCAGCCAGACGAGUAACGGAGGGGGCAGCCUCAGUGACUACUCCUCCUCGGUGCCCUCCACCCCCAGCACCAGCCAGAAGGAGCUGCGCAUGGAGGUCCCACAGACCACCAACACCCCCACGCCUGUCCGCAAACAGUCCAAGCGCCGCUCCAACCUCUUCACCUCUCGGAAAGGGAACGAGCCGGACAAGGAGAAGAAAGGGCUGGAGACCCGCGCGGACAGCAUCGGGAGCGGCCGCGCGAUCCCAAUUAAACAGGGAAUGCUCCUGAAGCGCAGUGGGAAGUCUCUAAAUAAAGAGUGGAAGAAGAAGUACGUCACCCUAUGCGACAACGGCGUGCUGACCUACCAUCCCAGCCUCCACGACUACAUGCAGAACAUCCAUGGUAAAGAGGUGGACCUCCUGCGCACCACUGUGAAGGUCCCGGGCAAACGCCCCCCCCGCGCCGUCUCCACCUGCUCCUCCGUGUCCAGCCCCAAAACCAACGGCCUCGCCAAGGACAUGAGCAACAUGCAGCUGGGCCAGAACCAGGGCCAGGUGACCAGCAGCUCGUCUGCCUCUCAGAUGGCCAGUGGGAUCAGCCUGGUGUCCUUCAACAGCCGGCCGGACGGCAUGCACCAGCGGUCCUACUCCGUGUCCAGCGCUGACCAGUGGAGUGAAGCCACGGUCAUCGCCAACUCCGGCAUCAGCACAGACACGGGUCUUGGGGAGUCUCUGUGCUCCAGCCCCAGUAUUUCUGGCACCACCAGCCCCAAGGUGGACCCCCCACCCUCACCCCACGCCAACCGCAAGAAGCACCGUCGGAAGAAGAGCACCAGCAACUUCAAGGCAGACGGCAGCUCCGGCACAGCAGAAGAGCAAGAGGAGAACUUUGAGUUCAUCAUCGUGUCGCUGACGGGCCAGACGUGGCACUUCGAGGCGACGUCGUACGAGGAGAGGGACGCCUGGGUGCAGGCCAUCGAGAGCCAGAUCCUGGCCAGCCUGCAGUCCUGCGAGAGCAGCAAGAACAAGUCGCGGCUCACCAGCCAAACAGAGGCCAUCGCCCUCCAGUCCAUCAGGAACCUGAGAGGGAACUCCCACUGCGUCGACUGCGAGGCCCAGAAUCCUGAUUGGGCCAGCCUGAACCUGGGCGCCUUGAUCUGCAUCGAGUGCUCGGGGAUCCACCGGAACCUGGGCACGCACCUGUCGCGCGUGCGCUCGUUAGACCUGGACGAGUGGCCCCUGGAGCUCAUCAAGGUCAUGUCCUCCAUCGGCAACGAGCUGGCCAACAGCGUGUGGGAGGCCAACGCCCAGGGCCGCAUCAAACCCGCGCCCGACGGCAGCAGGGAGGAGCGGGAGCGCUGGAUCAGGGGGAAGUACGAGCAGAAGCUCUUCCUGCCCGUGCUGUCCUGCUCGGAGCUGACCCUGGGGCAGCAGCUGCUGCGGGCCACGGCUGAGGAGGACCUGCGGGGCGUGGUCCUGCUGCUCGCCCACGGCUCCCGCGACCAGGUCAACGAGACCUGCGGGGAGGGGGACGGGCGCACCGCCCUGCACCUGGCCUGCCGCAAGGGCAACGUGGUCCUCACACAGCUCCUCAUCUGGUACGGGGUGGACCUGAUGGCGCGGGACGCCCAUGGCAACACGGCGCUGGCGUACGCGCGGCAGGCCAGCAGUCAGGACUGCGUGGACGUGUUGCUGCAGUACGGCUGUCCUGACGAGCGCUUCGCCCUCAUGGCCACGCCCAACCUCGCCCGCAAGAACAACAACCGCAACAACAGCUGCAGCAGCACAGGCAGCGGCGUGGGUCGCAUGCCCACCAUCAUCUGACCCGCCCCGCCCCUGCCCCCUAGGGGAGGCCUCCGGAGCUGCAGCACCCAGACUCCUCGCUCUUCCUCCGCUACUAAUGAGUCGCCCCCAAAAAGCUUCUGGAACUUUCUGAAUAUUUAUCACAGAGCGAACGCAAAGCAACACUAUUUUUGCGGGGCCAAUACAAACAGUAGAGCGUUAAAUGGAGAUGUGGGAACCACUACAUGAGUGGCCCCCUUCGAGGCCUCGCCCGACGCUCGAAAGGCCACCUUGACUCCUCUGACUCGACCGUCCCCUUACAAAAUGGCUGCCGUUCUUAUUUAGGUCAUAGCUUCUUUCUUCAUCCUGUCGUAGUCUGUCUUUGGGGGAGGGGCACGGCCGGGGGAAUCCGUAAUCCUACCCGCAGGAUCUCAGGGUUUCCAUCGCGGGUUUGCACCCCCCCACCCUCGCAAAUGCCCGGUCUGGCGUGUUGGCGUGUUGACGUGUUGGCGUGUCGGGGUGGGCCCCCGUCAUGUUUCUACAGGUUUCUGCCACGCGGAGGGCCAAGGCAGGGUCAGAGCGGCGGGGAGGUCAGAGGUCGAUCUGCAGGAAUAUCAGAGACGGACGCCCCUCUGUCAGAACAGGGACCUGAUUUGAACUACACGUUGCACCCGCCUCCCCCAUCUCAGGCUCCACCCCCCCUGGGCACUGGCCUGUGUUUACGCCUAAAGGGGCGCC